CAAAUCCAGCAAAGCCGGUGCCUUUCUCCAACCAAUUAUGACGAGUGAUUGCCCAUUUAACAAUUCAAGCUUCCCCCCACCUCCCAAUUUCUUGUUAGAUUUAACUAGAAAACUCCAGGAAGAAGAAGAAGGUCUCAAUCUAUCAUACCCUUCAGCUCAUCAGAUUCUUCAACCUGAAAGGGAAUAAUUCAUUCAUGGGGGACUCCGGCCAGUCCACUACCACCGCCACCAACAACGAGAACGACAACCAUGGGCACCCGAGAUCUCCCGGCUCAGCACCGAAUCCGAAUGCCACAGCGCCGCGGACGGAGCCGGUCGACCUCGAACAAGGAUCUGCGUCGAUCACGUCGAUUCUAAGAAGAUGGAGGACGGAGGAUCUGGUCAGGCGAAGCGGUUUGGUUCUCAGGGGAUAUGCCCUGGCCUUCUCCUUACUCUCUUUCAUAAUCAUGGCUGCUAACAAGCACGGCGGUUGGAUGGAUUACGACAAUUAUGAAGAAUACAGGUACUGCCUGUCGAUAGCCACCAUCGCCGGAUUCUACACGCUGUGCCAAGUCGGUCGCCAGAUUCACGAGUUAAUGACCGGAAAAGAGCUCGUGCGACGGCCGACGAUCCUGUACAUCGACUUCUUCGGAGAUCAGGUAAUGGCGUAUCUGCUGCUGUCAGCAUCGUCGGCAGCGGUUCCCCAGACAAACAGGUUCCGGGAGAACAACGACAAUGCCUUCACGGACAUGUCGUCGGCAGCCAUCAGCAUGUCGUUCUUCGCCUUCGCCUUCCUCGCCGCCUCUUCUCUCGUUUCCGGCUUCAAGCUGAGCAGGCAGACCUACAUCUGAUCCCUCCCUUGCUUUUUCUUUCUUUAUUUGUUCUAUUCUUUCCCUUUUUUUUGACCUCUACCCUCCGAAUUCCUUUCUCUUGUCUUCUUCCCUCUCUAUGCAUCUUAUCAUCCCUUGUGCUUGGAUUGUUCUUUUAUUGGAUGAGAAUGGGGAGUACUAUGGGCCAUCCUCUGUUUCUUUUGUUGUAUAUGGCACUGCGUACAUGGUUUUGCAUAUACCUGUACUGUCUUUACCCUUUAAAGUUUACUCUGUUUUUCCUCAA